AUGAUUUUUACAAGACUACUCACUAUCAUAAGUAUUACUAAAAGUAUAGAAGAAUCUGUUACAACAACAGAUAUAAAUAAUUCUAAUGACAAUCUUUAUAAUAUACUUUCAAGUGGAAUAGAUUUAACAAUAAAUGGUAAAAGUUUCAGGGGUAUUAUUUACCCGGGUGUGAUUUUACUAGACAUUUAUCAAAACCAAUCAGUAUCUGAUGACUUGAUAACUAAGACAAUAAUAAUAGGAGGAAGUAAAUUUAGUCUACAAAUAGAAGGAUAUAUGUAUUAUACUGAGGUUAUUAUAGAAGGUCAAGCAAAAGCAACAUACACUUCACUUUCUAGUGUAAAUGUAAAAUCUGAUUUUCAAGUAAAACUUACCGAUUUUCAUAAAAAAAUAUCAAGUUACAGAGUGCAAAGUGCAAGUGGUACUUUAAAUGUUCAAUUUAAUAAAGAGGAUAAAUCUUUGAAAAUAGAAGGUAAUUUGAUUUUCAAUACUGAUGAAACAUCAAAUUCAGAUGUUGAUAGCAAAAAAUAUAACACUACUAUGAAUAACACUACAUCUAAUAACUUUAAUACAUUUGGUUUUUCUUCCGUUGAUAGUUAUCCUGUUAUUGAAUCAAGAAUUCGCUCUCAAUUUUCACAAAAUGACUUUUUUCCUAAUAACACUAGUGAUUCCCCUAUAGACUUAAUGAAUUUUGAUAAUUUCAUAGACAAUUUAAUUGGAUGA